AAAAGGGUUUCGUAGAGGCCAACCAAGCUUUACUGGCUUGCCGUCGAGCUCCAAAGAUUGGGAUUGACAGCAUGUAGUACAAGCGCCAAAUUAAUUUUAUUUUUAUAAUAAUAUCUAUAAUCGUAAAUAUAGUUUAUUAAUUAAUUGACAAUAUAAUUUUUCUGGAUAUUUAUUAAUCAGUUCCGAAAAAAACAGUAUAAACAUAAUUAAAGGUCAUUUCAUAUGCUGCUAUCUCAACAGAAAAAAAAGCCAAGAAACGCAUAAAAUAUCAAAAUCAAUAAAAAAAUAUGUUAUUUUCCAAGGGUCAUCAAAGUGAAUGACUUCUAUAAUAAAUUUACAAGAAGUUGGAUUUUCUCUGCUAAAUCUUCAUAUUUAGACAUAUUACCUUCAUUUUAUCAAUUUAUUAUCCAAACGCAAACACUCGACAUUUCAAUAUAGUGUUGCAUUGUUCUUUCGCUCGUAUUUGUCUUUGAGUAAAUCGCAUCAAAAUUUGUAUUUGUUAUAGUCUCAAUUUUGACGCGUCGUCUCAUUAAAUGGUAUAUUAAUAAAAGGCUCUUAACGCUCACGGAUUUUUCGCACUUUGUUGCUAGUGUCACGGCAAACUAGCCAUGGAAUAUAGUGUCUUUUUAUUUUAGUGUUUCUUGUGUGUGCUUGAAAAUGGAUCAUUUAGAAAGAGAGAUUCGUAAAAGGAAUCCUAAGGAAAAUGCUAAUGUAUUUUCUUCUGUAACAUUUAUAUAUACACGAAAACUGUUCGGGAAAGCCCUGAAAAAAGACCAUUUGGAAGAAGACGACCUCUACGCUGUCCUUAAAACCCUAAAUUCGGACAAGUGCGGCGACAAAAUCGAAACAAGAUGGAAAAACGAACAUUUGAGAAACAGUCCGUCGUUCACCCGCUUGAUGUUUUCCAGAUUCGGUUUCAAAUACGCUUUCAUCGGACUGAUAUCGUUGACCUACAAAAUCUUUACCAUAGCAACAGAGCCAUACGCAAUAAGCAGCCUAAUAAACUGCUUCAAAUCCGAAGACACUUGCAGCCGCAACGAAAUGUACACCUACAGUGCUGUAGUGAUAGCACUAAACAUCUUCACCUGCUUUUUCUGGCACAACUACAUCAUUUGGGUGCAAACGUUCGCCAUCAAAAUCCGCACGUCGUUUUGCUCGCUGCUCUACCGGAAAGCGUUAAAACUGACUCCAUCCGCUAUGAACGAAAUCAGUUUGGGCAACAUUGUGACGUUGAUCACUAAGGACGUGCACGUUUUUGAGGCGUCGAUUUGGCUGUUCAACGACAUGUGGAUCGGAAUUGUGACGUCGGUAUUCAUUGUUUACUUGUUGUUCGCCAGAAUGGGCUGGAUCUCGUUGUUUGGGGUGGCGUUCUUGGUCAUCGUCAUUCCUUUGCAAGUCUAUUUGGGCAAGUGGAUUACCAAUUUGCGCUUGCGUAUUGGCAAAAAGACGGACGAACGAUUGCAAAUCACUCAGGAGAUUUUGUCAUCGAUUAAAAUCAUCAAGCUGUAUACAUGGGAAAAGUUUUUUAAUGAUCAAGUGAACAAUAGGAGAAAAGAAGAAAUCAACGUCAUGCGCAUAUCAUUUUUCCUGAAAACCAUUAUCAUAGUCCUAGGCAUCAUAGCCACCAAAUUGGGCUUUUACGUCCUCAUCAUGACCUACAUCUGGAUCGGCUACAUCCCAGACGCCCAACUAAUCUUUUACGUGUCGAAUUUGUUCAACAACUUGCGCUAUCUCUUGGGAGUUGCCAUCCCCAUCGGCAUGGGCAGAGCUGCUGAACUACUGGCAGCGACAAUAAGAAUUAACAGAGUUCUGAAAGCCGAAGAACUUUGUAGAGAUAAUGCUCAUGACGAAGCCACUGAACAUCCGAAAUUACAACUGAAAAAUGCCACUGUAGCUAUCAAUAAACGUUUGGCCUUACAAGAUGUGAGUUUAUUAAUCAAUAAUGGCCUUAAUAUUGUGACUGGAAGCGUUGGCUCUGGCAAAAGCUCUUUAUUAAAAGCCCUACUGCAAGAUUACCCAUUAGAAAGCGGAUUUGUGGCAACCUAUGGCAGAAUCUCUUACGCUUCCCAAGAUCCUUGGUUAUUUCCUUCUUCAAUCAAGCAAAACAUCUUAUUCGGCGAAAAGUACAACGAGGCUAGAUACCAGGAAGUGGUAAGAGUAUGCGCGCUCAGAUACGAUUUGAAUCUACUUGAAAACGGAGACCAAACUAUUGUGGCCGACAACGGUAUCAAUCUAAGUAAAGGCCAACAAGCCAGAGUCAAUUUGGCCAGAGCCGUUUACAAGGAAAGCGAAAUUUACUUGUUGGAUGACUCGUUGACCGCUUUGGAUGCGCACGUGCAGGAUCACAUUUUCAACGAGUGUAUCAGGAAGUUUUUGAAAAGCAAAAUUGUGGUUUUGGUCACGCAAACUGUACACCACAUUCAGGAUGCUGAUAAUGUCAUCAUCAUGGCAAACUCGAAAAUACGUUCAUCUGGUAAGCCUGCUCAAGAGAUUUCUAUGGAAGAGAUAGCAAAAUUAGUUGGCAAAAAUGAUGAAAUGGAAAAAGAAGUAAUCGAUGAUACUGAUUUGGCUAAAAUUAAAGCUGUUGAAAAUGAUUUUGAUGAUGAUGAAACUGGAGAGCUUUUGGAAACUGAGCAAACUAACACGCAAAAGAUUUAUCAAGAGGUCACCAAAAAGGGUGAUGUUAGUUUCACGGUUUACGGCAAAUACUUCAAAUUUGGAGGUGGUUUCUGUUUGUUUCUUUUGGUAGUUUUUCUGUUUAUGGCUGGCCAGGGUGCUGAAACUGCUUCGGAUAAGUUCAUUGCCAUGUGGAUUGAUGCUCAACAAAAAGAAGUGGACCUAAAAAUAGCCAAUCAAACUGGCACUUUAUUAUUUGAAGAAACCGUGGCCCAAAAAAAUCUUUACAUCAAGCUCUAUUCGAUUACGCUUUUCCUAUCUACAGCACUAGUGUUGAGCAGAUCAUACAUGCUCUUCGAUUUUUGUAGACGCGCUUCGAUUAAGCUCCACAAAGUCAUGUCGUCUACAGUGAUCAAUGCUGUAAUGUCGUUUUUCGAUACGAAUUUCAUUGGCAACGUUUUGAACAGAUUUUCGCAGGAUUUGAUUAAUGUUGACGAGUUUUUACCAUAUUGUUUGACUGAAGCUUUCAGGGUUACAGUUCAAAUUAUCGGCAUCUACGUCAACAUAUCGAUAGUCAAUUGGCGUUUUUUGAUACCGGGCUGUAUUUUUUUUGCGCUUACUUAUGUGGUAAGACGCCUUUACAUGCCCACCGGACGUAGCUUGAAGCGACUUGAAGCAGCAACGCGCAGUCCUUUGGUUGGUCAUUUGAACGCCUCCCUAGAAGGUCUUACCACUAUAAGAGCCUACAAGGCGGAAGACAUUCUGAAACAAGAGUUUGAUCGGCAUCAGGAUCUUUACACGUCAGCCCAUUACAUGUUGACGUGUACUUCUAGAGCUUUUGGAUUCACUCUGGAUUUUCUCUGCUCGAUUUUAAUCAUAUUGGUUGUUGUCAGGUUCUUGUUUUUUGAAACUGAUACCAGCGCGGGAAACGUCGGCUUGGUCAUCACGCAAGUCUUCAUGCUAGCCGGUACCGUCCAGUGGGGCGUGCGCAACUGGGCAGAUCUCGAAAACUACAUGACGUCAGUGGAACGCGCGCUAGAAUACACCGAAUUGCCCCAGGAACGAAAACAAGGCACCAAAAUCGACAACUGGCCGACCGAGGGCCGUAUCAAGUACGACAACGUCAGUUUAACGUACGGCAAAGAAAUGGUACUGAAAAAUUUGACCUUCGACGUCAUGCCAGGGCAGAAAAUCGGCAUUUGCGGUCGUACCGGAGCAGGAAAAUCUUCGAUAAUUUCUACUUUGUUUCGUUUAUACGAAGUAGAAGGCACCAUUUUGAUUGACGGCGUCAACAUCCAACACUUGUCCAUAGAGUAUUUAAGGCAAAGCGUCGCCAUUAUCCCGCAGGAUCCUGUUCUGUUCACUGGAACUGUGAGAAGUAACAUCGAUCCAUAUAAUUUAUACACUGAUGAGGAAAUUUGGAAACUCUUAGCCAAGGUGCAUCUAAAGCAAAGCAUACAAACUCUGGAAAUGCCGAUAAACGAAAACGCUCCAGCUUUAAGCUCUGGCCAAAGACAACUGAUAUGCUUGGCCAGAGCCAUCAUCCGUAGAAACAGAAUCGUCGUGUUAGAUGAGGCGACAGCAAACAUGGAUCCGGAAACUGACGCGAUGCUUCACGAUGUCAUCAAAGAAAACUUCGCUGGCUGUACAAUAUUUUCGAUAGCGCAUCGAUUGCACACGAUCAUUGAUUCGGACAAAAUCAUGGUGCUGGAUAGGGGUGCGAUCAAAGAGUUCGAUUCGCCCAGUAAGUUGUUGAGUGAUAAGGGUGGAAUGUUUUAUAAGAUGAUCGAACAGGCUGGAUUGACUGAGUAUUUGAAUCGGUAUUGAAAAUUCUAAUUUCCGUUUUAUUGGCUAAUUUGGACUGAGUUAUAUCUUUUCAAUGCAAAUUUACUUAUUUUUAAGUUUAUGUUCAAUAUUUUAUGUUACUUUCAGUCGUAGUUCGUUUGAGAAUUAUUUUUUUUAUAAAAUGCAAGGUCUAACAUCAUUUCGCAUUCCACAGAUAGAAAGUAGGCUCAAUUUAUAUGAGUGAAAGAAAAAUGAAGAUGAAAUAUAAAAUAGAAAUAUGUAAUAUACCUACUAGAAAAAUAUUAAUGCAGCUAAAAAUAAGUCUGCUUCCACAAAGGUCUUCAACAGUUUGCAAACUAUUAAAAAAGGUAUCUACAUAAAAACUAUUGGGUGUGGGUAUUAUAAAACUGCUUUGACAGUUAACUUGAAGUUAACUUUUUGAAUUACAUGUAAUUCCAGAAGUUAACUUUAAGUUAAUUCUCAAAGUAGUUUUAUAAUACCCACCCAUAAAGUUACAAGUAAAACUAUUGUUUUUUAACAUUUUUCUUAUGCUCAAUUUUUAGAAAUUCCAUUUAAGCUUUUAACCAAUAAUGAGACAUGGAUAAUCGAUAAUCAUUAUAAAGUGUGUAGACAUUUACACAAAGAAAACGAUUUUGUAAAAUUUAUACUUAAAUUUUGUCUAGUCAAUAAAUGUAAAUAUAUUUUUUUUAUUAUAAAAAAUUAUUCCAUUCCCCAUUACCUUACCUGAAAAAAAUUGAUGCGUCAUUUACACAUUUUCGACAAAUUAGACUGCAAAAUCGUAAAUGGGUGAAAAAUUAGCAGCACAAUUUAGGAAAUAUGUAGAUAAUAUUAAAACUGACAUAACUUUGUCAAUAAUGUAAUAACAAAAACUACAAUAAAUUGUGCAAGUUUUCAUUAAUAGCUGAAAACGAAUAGAAUCAUAUACUAGGUAUGAGGAGUACAAAUAUUUUAACAUGAAAUAAUACGGCCAAUUUCAAGCCAAAACUGUCCUUAGUAUUUUCGGAGUUAUCGCAGAAUUUAAAUUUAGGAAAAUGUCAACAACGUGACAACAUUGUACAGAUAUUAUCUCUGCCAUGAUAUAAAUGUAAAUAAAACUGGUAAUUUGAAAGGUUUUUUUUGCCAAAAAUUUAUUUAUUUCCAUCUGUUUCUUUCCUAGUAAAAAUUAAAAAUGUGCCGUUUUAAUAAUUU